UAGAAAGUACUGUUUACCACGGAUGUUUGCGACAAUCCGUAAAUGCCGGUUAGGUUAGGUGGAUUGAAAUCGAUCGGAAUGAAAUUAUCAUGUAUGCAUAACGAAGUGCCGGUAUUCAUCGAUUCUUCGAUAAAGCUGAUUCGGAAGCGGAAUCUGAGGCAAAAUCUGCAGCUGGUGGAACAAAUUGCAACAUUCUACUUAAUGCAGUUGAAGGUGUAUUUAAGUAGAAUGCAACGAUUGGACACCCUGUAUAUAACCAAAGACGCCUUGUGGCAGGCAAUACUGAUACGCCAAAGCUGAUCGAGUUGCAGUCGUCGAGAGUCAUGCGUGCAAACGUUCGUGUGUGUGUGUGUGUGUGGGCCGUCCAAAAAAGCGACAAAACAUGACGAGCCCGGUCGUAAUUUCAGCCACGACUAAGCACACAGCAACGUUAAUAUUUUUCCAUGGAUUAGGUGAUACAGGGCAUGGCUGGGCUAGUUCCAUGGCUGCUGUACGAUCCCCUCAUGUCAAAGUUAUUUGUCCUACUGCGCCCACAAUGCCAGUGACACUUAAUGCAGGGUUCAGAAUGCCUUCUUGGUUUGAUCUACGGUCUUUGGACUCCAGUGGUCCUGAAGAUGAAGACGGUAUACGUAAAGCCGCUGAAAUGGUCCAUUCGUUAAUAGCGGAGGAAGUUGCCGCUGGAAUACCUACUAAACGCAUUGUUCUUGGGGGAUUUAGUCAAGGUGGAGCACUAGCCAUGUUUAGCGCCCUUACAUUCCCAGAACCCUUAGCUGGUAUCAUAGCCCUAUCCUCGUGGCUUCCUUUACAUCAAAAGUUUCCAGCAGAAGCAAUAGGUAAUAGGAACACUCCACUAUUACAAUGUCACGGCGACUGCGAUCCGAUUGUGCCAUACAGAUGGGGUCAAAUGACAGCAUCUCUCCUGAAACAAUUUAUGACACAGACAGAAUUCAAAACUUACAGGGGAAUGAUGCAUACAUCUUCUGAAGAGGAAAUGCGCGAUAUGAAGAAGUUCAUCGAAAAAGUUCUGAAGCCGUAAUAGAUUGAAUUAAAUAUGUAUCGAUAUUUUAAUGGCUAAUUCGAAUAUCUAAUUGUACAUUAUAUUGAGAUGAUUCCAGUUUUGCGAUUAUUUAAUUUUAGUGAGUUAUAUGAACUUAAAAGACUUAGAAAAUCGUUAAAAAUCUUCCGGGAUGAAAGAUGCAGUGCUAAAUAGGCAAAAAAAUACGCUUUCUACAAGAAUAUAUUUAUUUACAAUAUUGAUAAUUUGUACUCGUAUACAUUUGAACUUUAAUAUUUUAAUUCUGCCAAAGGAUCCAUGUAGCGUUAGUACAAAUUAAUUCGUCUGGUUCGUAACUCUUUUACUAUGUAACAUUUAUUGGCAUUUCUUGUUUUUUUUUAUAUAAUAUCUAUAUACAUACAUGAAAAAAAAUAUAUAUAUAUUUAUUUAUUUUUACUGAUACAUAUAUGUACCAGUAUAAAUAAUAUAUUUGUAAGAUUCCACACUGAUCUGGUGAUACAUUAUGUAAAAGUAAAAAGUUAAUAAGAAAAUGGUUAAUGUUUUAUUCAUUUUUUCAGUUUGCGAAAACGGACUAAUAAAUAUACAUGUGAUUUUUGCGUUAAUAUUUAAAAAAAUACUAGACGAAUUUCUUUUUUCCUCAAUUCUUCUAUUGAACUUCCAUCCUUUUACACCGCCGAUAUUAUGUUCGAGUGAAUAUGAUUUAAAUAUAAACACGUCCACAACUCUUACAUAAUUCACGUAUUUGGGCAGUUACAAAUAUUUGCAUUUAAAUUUCACGCGGGCCAACGUCCAAAACGCAAUGCAAAAUAGCUGCUUCUAAUGAAUAACUUUUGUAGCGAGUAUUGUCUAGAAGACAGCGAAUGGCCAUGUAAUCUGUGAUUACGCAUUGUAUUGUCAAAAACCAGACUAUCAUUUAUAACUAACAUAAUUUUUUGGCAGAUUCGUUCUGCCAAAUCUAGAUCAGGAUUUCCUAAACUGUACGGCGCGAUUUGCGCGGUAUGGAUCCUUUGGAAAAAUUGUGGAUUGCUUAAGCUUCCUUAGAAUGCAAGCGUAAAGAAUUGCACUCUUUUACCUACAUUUCUGUUAUUUUGCGAAGUCGCAAAAAAAAAGAAACCUGUGACAAGGCACUCUUUGAAAAAUAAUUGUUAGAAAAUUGUUAGAAAAGCUACUUAUCUAUCUUAAGUUUGGGAAAUCCUGUGAUACAUACUCAUAAUAGAUAUAGUAGACAUGGUAUUAAUAUAUUGUAAUUACGCUAAUGUAUAUAAUUAUAUGACACUUGGCUGAUUUUAUUAUUGGUACUAACACACUAUCCAGUAGACAAAUAAUAAGUAAACGAAGAACAAUAAGCUCGAAAUAUUUUUCAUGGGCUUUCCCUAUGAAUACACUACAGCUAGCGAUAAACAGAACCUUAGCUUGUAAGUUAUUCAACGUUCAUUCUGUAUAAAUAAAACAUAUAAACAAUUUUU